AAUACCCUGGUUAUACUGAUCAUUCUGACCAAUAAAUCCAUGAAAUCACCAAUGAACUAUCUCCUCGUCAACCUUGCUGUAGCAGACAUCAUGGUAGGGGUGUUUCUCGCACCAAUAUUUAUCUUGAAUCAUUUCUUUACCCAUCCCGAAGGUCUUGCAGGAAAAUUUCUUUGUAACACGUUGACAGGCGGUAACAUAUCUUGGGUAGCUCUCGUUGCCUCGUCCUUUUCACUGGUUGCCAUCUCAAUUGAACGGUACUUUGCUAUUGCACAUCCUUUGUCUGCAAAGCAAAGACUGCCAUUGAUGAAAGUCAAACGGAUAGCUACCGGCUGCUGGAUCUGCGCCCUCAUAUUCAACAUGCCAUUGUUCUUUAUCAGAGAGUUUGACAAAGAAAAGAAUAUAUGCAAAGAACGGUGGCCAGAGAAUCAGCCGUUGCUCGCCGUUUUUUACAGCUCAGCUUGGUUCUUCUUCACAGGAGUGUUCCCUAUAGUCGUUAUGCUGGUUCUGUACUCCAAGGUUAUCUACAUUCUUUGGUUCAAGCGCAUUAAUCGAGAACAAGUCACGCAGCAAGCAGUCUUAAGGUCAAGAAAGAGAGUGACUAAGAUAGCAGUUAUUGUUAGUAUUGUCUAUGCUGCUUGCAUGCUUCCAAAUCUCAUCAUGUAUCUUAUCGGUCAUGCUAGCGAAGAACAAGAAUAUGAUGUCUCCUUCAUCGUGAGUCUAGUUUUGACAGCAUUCAAUUCAACCUUCAAUCCUUUUGUCUACAGCUUGCAAAGCCAGGCGUUUCGACGCCAUUUGGUUAAGAUCGUGUUCUGCUACAAAGUGCGUCAAAAUGAAGUGGGGAUUACAGCUCGUGACCAAGCGAAAUAA